UGAUCAUUGUAUUGCACACCUCUAAAAAAAACACUGCCUCUGAUUUAUCAAUAUAAAAAAGAUCCUCUGAGAGGAGGAGGGCACUUUUGUGUGAUGGCAACUUCACUUCUAGGGGUGAGUCUCAGGAUUUUCUCUUGCUGGUUUAAUUAGUUUCCUUUUAUUUCUGAUCGGAGGGGGUUAAAGUCGCCCCGGCCAGGCCACGGGCUAUCAGUCUCUAUUGAGAGCUUUUUUUUUUUUUUUUCCUCCCCCCUUUAAAUACAAGUGAGUUUGGAGAAAAGAAAGAGGGGGAGAGGGGGGCAGAGUCACUUUUUUUCAGCGCAGGAAAAGGUUCGAAGGGCAUUUAGACAAGCCACCUCGCAGCGCCCGGCCGCUCCCUGCCCGGGAGACGUGCGCCCAGUCCAUUUUAUAUGCGACGAUUUCGGGGGUAAAGAGUCCUCUCUUUUUCCUCUUGAGCAAACUGCAGAUUUUCCCUCUUUCCCUUAAAAAUACCGCAGCCCGUCUUGUCUUGCAGGAAGAACCGAGGUUGGGAUCCACUCCUCUGGCCAUGCUUGCUGCUACCUGUAAUAAGAUCGGCAGCCCCAGCCCGUCUCCCUCCUCCCUCUCGGACAGCUCUUCUUCCUUCGGCAAAGGCUUUCACCCCUGGAAACGUUCCUCGUCCUCCUCCUCUGGCAGCUGCAACGUAGUGGGUUCCAGUCUCUCGAGCUUCGGCGUGUCGGGGGCCUCCAGGAACGGCGGUACGUCCUCUGCUGCGGCGGCGGCCGCGGCGGCCGCGGCGGCGGCGGCGGCCCUGGUGUCUGACUCGUUUAGCUGCGGCGGCUCGCCGGGCUCCAGCGCCUUCUCCCUAACCUCCAGCAGCGCCGCCGCGGCCGCUGCGGCCGCCGCGGCCGCCGCCUCCAGUUCGCCCUUUGCAAACGACUAUUCGGUGUUCCAGGCCCCCGGUGUCUCAGGGGGUAGCGGCGGAGGGGGCGGCGGCGGCGGCGGCGGCUCCUCGGCGCACUCGCAGGACGGCUCCCACCAGCCCGUAUUCAUUUCCAAGGUGCACACCUCGGUGGACGGGCUGCAGGGCAUCUACCCGCGCGUGGGCAUGGCGCACCCGUACGAGUCGUGGUUCAAGCCCUCGCACCCAGGACUGGGCGCCGCCGGCGACGUGGGCUCGGCCGGCGCGUCCAGCUGGUGGGACGUGGGCGCCGGCUGGAUCGACGUGCAGAACCCCAAUGGCGCGGCGGCGCUGCCCGGCUCGCUGCACCCUGCCGCCGGGGGGCUCCAGACCUCGCUGCACUCGCCGCUCGGAGGCUACAACUCGGAUUACUCGGGCCUGAGCCACUCGGCCUUCAGCAGCGGCGCCUCCUCGCACCUGCUCAGCCCCGCCGGACAGCACCUCAUGGACGGCUUCAAGCCAGUGCUGCCGGGCUCCUACCCGGACUCGGCCCCGUCGCCGCUGGCCGGCGCUGGGGGCUCCAUGCUGAGCGCUGGGCCGUCGGCGCCGCUGGGGGGCUCCCCGCGCUCCUCCGCACGCCGCUACUCAGGCCGCGCCACCUGCGACUGCCCCAACUGCCAGGAGGCGGAGCGGCUGGGCCCGGCUGGGGCCAGCCUGCGGCGCAAGGGCCUGCACAGCUGCCACAUCCCGGGUUGCGGCAAGGUGUAUGGCAAGACGUCGCACCUGAAGGCGCACCUGCGCUGGCACACGGGCGAGCGGCCCUUCGUGUGCAACUGGCUCUUCUGCGGCAAGCGCUUCACGCGCUCCGACGAGCUGCAGCGGCACCUGCGGACCCACACGGGCGAGAAGCGCUUCGCCUGUCCUGUCUGCAACAAACGCUUCAUGCGCAGCGACCACCUCAGCAAGCACGUGAAGACGCACAGCGGCGGCGGCGGCGGCGGCUCGGCGGGCUCUGGUAGCGGCGGCAAGAAGGGCAGCGACACCGACAGCGAGCACAGUGCCGCGGGCAGCCCGCCCUGCCACUCCCCGGAGUUGCUGCAGCCCCCGGAGCCCGGGCAUCGCAACGGCCUGGAGUGACGCGUAUCCCGCCCGCCGCGGCCCUUCUCCUCGACC